AUGAUGAUCAUGGACGUCGGCAUGUACAACAACACGCACACGUACAGCGGGGACUGCUACCAGCAGCCGGCCUACAGCUACGACGGGUACGAGGGGUACUACGAGCCCGCCACCUACUACGACCAGCUGGGGCACGCGCCGGGACAUGACGCGCCGCCCGUCAUCAGCACGGACACGGGGCUGUGCUACACCAACCUGGACUAUGGAGAACAGGCGGCCAACUACCACCUGGCGACCGUCCCGCCCGCGACACACGACGAACACAAGAUAGACAAUCAUUACAUAGACACUAAGUAUAACAUGCAGUACAUGGAUGAAACGCAAUAUACACACGGCUCGCCUCUAGCGUGCGGGGAGUACGACGCCUACCACAAGGACUUCCCGGAGCUGAGGGAAGGAUUCCCACGGGAAGAAGUGCAGCACGUCCAGCCACACGCGACCCAUGCUACCGUACCGACUUACAAGUGGAUGCAGGUCAAGAGGAACAUCCCUAAACCCGCCGGUGAGUGA